AUGGUUCGGGGUGGUGGUGCGGACAGCUCGGCUCUAUUCGAGGAUGAGGACACGCGUUUAUUUUACGAAAGUCUUCAAGACAUUCGGGCUAUGAUCCCUGCUAUUUUAUAUAAAGAAAGUGAACAAUCCACAUCAAAGAGUGCGCAGCCCCAAAAGGAUGAUCCUGCUUCUACGGACGAAUCCUCAAACGAUGCAAUGCCCUUCCCAUUCCGCAUGUCAUUCCUCUGUCUCUGUCAUCGCAAAACAAUUGAAACUCUGAAGGCAAAACAGAAGAACAUGGUGUAUUAUUUGAAUCGCAGUGCGACUUCAUUUGAUUUCGAGGAUGGUGAUGCACCAAGUUAA